GCGACGGCGUUAGUUGAGUUCGGUUUAGUGUUGCCCCGGCCGCGCAACGCGACACAUUGCGCAACCCGACCUGCUCGCUCCCGCGCUCGCCUACACCGGUUUUUCCCCUUUGUUCCUCUUUCUCUCUCUCUCUCGCACACACACACACUUUCUCACUCUUACUGACCCGCGUAAACCGGCGAGGGAUAAAACGCCGGUAAACCAUGGACCCGAGGCAGGAACGACACUAACCGCGCAAGUAUCGGGAAAUCGCGGAAGACGUUUCGCGCACGAGGCGAUCGGGCGAGGGGCUGAGACGCGCGCGAGCCGAUUUCCGUCGGAGGCGCAAAGAAAGAGAGAGAGAGGGGAAUAAAAGAGCCGCAUCCUUUCCGCCGCCCGUGUCUGUACGCGUUUGUACGCACGUGACAACGCGACGUUCCGCGUGGACAAGGACGACCGCGUCGACUAGGCCGCGCGGUGCUGCCAGACGUUUCGCCACCGCGGUUCCCACCUUCACGGUUCCGUUGCGCGUUACCGUACCGUCACCACGCAACAACCAUGUGGUCCAUAGAGCCGUGUAGCUUUACCUCCAACGGGAGCAUGAUCGUCGUCAGCAACAGGUUGCCGUUCGUGCUGAAGAGGAACGAGCUGAGCGGCCAGCUGGAGCGCAAAGCUAGCGCCGGUGGUCUUGUAACCGCAGUGGCACCCGUUGUCAUAAACGGGAAUGGAGUCUGGGUCGGAUGGCCGGGCAUGCACAUGGAAAACCCGAACGAGCCGAUCCCCGAGUCCGACCCUAACGAUCGCACGCCCACAGCCGGUCUGCUAUCACGAAAGGUUGUCGCGGUGCACGUUGACGCCGGCAUCUUCGACUCGUAUUACAACGGAUGCUGCAAUGGAACCUUCUGGCCCCUCUUCCACUCCAUGCCGGAUCGGGCGACCUUCAUCGCGGAACACUGGCGCGCGUAUUCCGCGGUCAACGAACAGUUCGCCGCGAAGACAGUCGGCGCGCUGGAACAAAUUCACAAGGAACAGGAGAACCAGCAGAACGGCACGCCGUUGGUGUGGGUGCACGAUUAUCAUCUUAUGUUAGCCGCCAAUUGGAUCAGACAGGCGGCCGAAGAGAAGAAUCUCAGACUUAAAUUAGGUUUCUUCCUUCACAUACCGUUUCCGCCGUGGGACAUCUUCAGGCUGUUCCCGUGGGCCGAUGAGAUCCUGCAGGGUAUGCUGGGAUGCGACAUGGUGGGUUUCCACAUUCAGGAUUAUUGCCUCAACUUCGUCGAUUGCUGCCAGAGGUGUCUCGGCUGCAGAGUGGACCGUAAGAACUUGUUGGUCGAGCACGGCGGUAGAACGGUGCGGGUAAGACCGCUGCCGAUCGGCAUACCGUUCGACAGGUUCGUCUCGUUGGCGGAGACCGCGGAGAAGGUCAUGCAGUCGAGUCAGAAGAUCGUCCUCGGCGUCGACCGGCUCGAUUACACGAAGGGCCUCGUUCACAGACUGAAAGCCUUCGAGAUGCUAUUGGAGAAACAUCCCGAGCACCGCGAACAGGUGACGAUGCUUCAAAUCGCAGUACCCUCACGCACUGACGUUCGCGAGUACCAGGACCUGAAGCUCGAGAUGGACCAGCUGAUCGGCUGCAUAAACGGUCGCUUCACUACGCCCAACUGGUCGCCCAUACGUUACAUCUACGGCUGCGUGAGCCAGGACGAGCUAGCGGCGUUCUACAGGGACGCCGCCGUUGCUCUCGUCACGCCGCUCCGGGACGGCAUGAACCUGGUCGCCAAGGAAUUCGUCGCCUGUCAGAUCAACACGCCUCCGGGAGUGCUGAUAGUGUCGCCGUUCGCCGGCGCCGGCGAGAUGAUGCACGAGGCCUUGAUUUGCAAUCCUUAUGAGAUCGACGAGGCCGCGGAAGUGAUUCACAGGGCGCUCACCAUGCCCGAGGACGAACGCACGUUGAGAAUGAACCACCUGCGCCGACGUGAGCGGAUAUACGACGUCAAUUAUUGGAUGAAGUCCUUCCUCCAGGUGAUGGGAUCUCUCGAAGAGCAUGACUCCGUGGGCGCUACCACGAUGCAGCCCGUGACAAUGGAUGAUUUCGACGAUUACCUGAGCAAGUACAUCGGUGAUAAUCAUAAAUUGGCGCUCCUCCUGGAUUACGACGGCACGCUGGCGCCCAUCGCCACGCAUCCCGACCUGGCGAUCCUGCCGCUCGAGACGAAGAACGUCCUGCAGAGGCUGUCGAACAUGUCGGACGUUUACAUCGCGAUUAUCUCGGGCAGAAACGUGAACAACGUGAAGUCGAUGGUCGGGAUAGAGGGUAUCACGUACGCCGGGAAUCAUGGACUGGAGAUCCUGCAUCCGGACGGAAGUAAGUUCGUCCAUCCCAUGCCAGCCGAACUGGAGGACAAGGUAGCCAGUCUGAUGCAAACUCUUCAAGAACAGCUUUGUAGGGACGGUGCCUGGGUCGAGAACAAGGGUGCCCUUCUCACGUUCCACUAUCGCGAAACUCCGAUGGAGGGUCGCCCGAAGAUGGUCGAUCUUGCCAAAAGACUUAUCGAGGGCGCGGGAUUCAAGGCCUGCGCCGCGCACUGCGCCAUCGAGGCGAAGCCAGCGGUCGAGUGGAACAAGGGCCGUGCCUCUAUCUACAUCCUGCGCACGGCGUUCGGCCUGGAUUGGAGCGAGCGUAUCAGAAUUAUAUACGUCGGUGACGAUGUCACGGACGAGGACGCGAUGAAGGCACUGAAAGGUAUGGCCGCCACUUUCCGCGUGGCGUCAUCGGACAUCAUUCGCACGUCCGCGGAAAGACGUCUGCCCAGCACGGACUCGGUUCUGACGAUGUUGAAGUGGGUCGAGAGACACCUCAGCAGGCGCAAGCCCCGCAACAGCAUCGACAUCCCGGGAAUCCCGUCGCGAUUCCGACGCGGUAGCGGCGGCAUCACGAUGGAGAUGUCUUACACCCCGCCAAAAACGCCACUCGAAUCAUAGGUGAUGCUCAAAUGUCCCUCGUUUACAUAUCAGGUAUAUACGACGCGAUAUAUAUCGUAGGGUUAUAAUGUAGUCAUAGCGUAAUAAAAUCAGCCAACACAAAUGGAGGAGCAAGAGGUAACGAAGGGAUCGCCGCGAGCGAUUUCAGCGCAGGUAAAAGAGUUGAAGAGAAGUUAAUGAGGCCCACGCCUAAGCCCUGGUCAAGUAUAGCCGCUAAAGAAAUGGUCGCGAUCGGAAAGGUCAAAGAAACGAGACGGUUCUUCCUAAUUAAGGCCUGUAAUAACAAUAUAUAUAUAUAUUUUUUUUUCAACGUCGAGUUAAACUAACAGACACGAGGAAUGAGAUCGUUGCGUUGACUCUGUAGCUUUUAAUGUCUCUGAAUCGAUGUAUUUUUCGACGCCGGAUAGACUUUAGCCCGAGAAAAAUAUCUAGCUCGCGCGAAGUACAUAAUGAUAUCGCGAUAAGUGUUUUCCGUGCGACUGAAACUUCUACUUUGACUCUACAACAGAAAGAUGUAUAUAUUAUACAUAUCUAUAUAUUUUCGAUGUAUGUAUUCUUACCGAGUUUACAGUUUACGUAUCAUGUACGAUACGUAUUUCUCCGUGGAGAUGACAUAGCAUUUAAACACUUAGUUUUUAAAUCCGCGUCAGUAAAAGGACAAAAACAUUCGGCAAUCAAAACUCGAAUCCUGGAUAUUACAUUUGUAAAUUGUGUCUUAUCUCGUUGACGAUUUCUAUCUAACAUAGAUAUGGCAAAGUGAAAGAAGAUAUUUUCGUAGGAUAAUAUUUACAAAGUACGGUUUUCUUUGGAAAUGUCUGAUUAAUUUAUUUGUUUUUUUCCCCUCUUUCUCCUCCUUAUAUUUUUUUAACGACCAACUGCACUACGAAUUUAUUAAAAAUAUAUAAAAAAUAUAUAAAUAAUACUGAUCAUUAGUCUUCGGAUAAGCGUGACAUUAAGGACAUUAGACUCUAUCGUUGUUUUGAGAAAAAGACGCAUCGUGGGACAAAUUCGCGUCAAGGUGCAUUUACACAUAUUCGUGACGUAUCAAUGCCGUGUCAGUGAUGUUCGUGAUAUAUCAGUGACGGUUAAUCACACCUAUCCAUACAGUUUGGAUGCAAUGAUUUUCAAGAUGACUCAAGUUUAUACAUAGAUGACGAAUUGACAUUGAUUGUUACAACUUUAUAUGAACAAAAAAGCAAAUGAGAUGGAACGGCCCGAAUACGGGACUGUGCCGGACGUGUGUGAACACGUCCAUUGUAAAACAAGAAAACAAUAUUUAUUAUCACUGAUACUGACGGAACUGAACGGACACCUCGCUGAUAUAUGUAAAUCAACCUUCAUCCCUGAUACUAAAACUCUCUCCCUAAUCGGAAUCGUUCUUCGAGUUUAGGAACAGAAAUUUAUUUCACCGUGUUAGACUGUCUCCUUAUACAGCCCAGAAUGAAGAAAUGAAGUGCCAAUUUAUAUUUCGUGUCGCGCAGUUUGGCAGAAAGACAUCGACGUGAUAACAAAGAACCCUAACACACUUUCAGGACGUAAAAAUUCUGCGCUGUACGACUUUAUAGCGGACGCAUAAAACUGUGAGAAAUGAAAUGAUCGUUUCGUGCGGGAGAGCGAAAAAAAAAGGGCGAGAUCUAAGUGAAGUAGAUUUAAGCUAGUUUUUACACUUCUCUCUAAGUAAAAUAAGAACUUGCGAUGCGUGCAAA